AUGUCACAAAUCGAAACCUUCAUCAAAGCGGAACAAGCGCAGCAAACGAUAUUCUGCUGCGCCAUCACGGCCAUAAAACUGAGUAUCCUGUUCUUCUACCGGCGCCUUUUCCCAUACCGCACAUUCACCCUCGUCGCCCUCGCCGUCGGCAUCGUCAACAUCCUCUGGUGGCUCGGCGCAUUAUUCGUAGCAUUCCUGCACUGUCGGCCCCUAGCCUUCUACUGGGACAAAUCCCUGCCCUCCGGCGUCUGCUCUGACGACAAAACCGUCGGAUUCGCACUAACAGGCACGGAGCUAGUCACGGACAUCAUCGUGCUAAUCCUGCCCAUCCCAUGGCUAUGGGGGCUCAAACGCACCAUCCCCCGGCGCGUGGCGGUAGUGGGAUUAUUCCUGCUCGGCUCAUUCGUGUGCGUGGCGGGGCUCGUGCGGAUUCCGCUUUUGGCACAGAUCGACGUGGGCGAUGCGACGUGGACGGCGAUCAAUGCGGGGAUCUGGUCCGGCGAGUUUUUUCGCGGGGAUUUGGCAGAGGGUGUCGACUAG